GCAAAGUGUGAGGAGUUGAGCUGUCUUGUGUAGCUUUGAUUGAACUUGGCUGUAUGGAUACUAGAAGUUGUAAGAUCCUGGAUGUCUACCAAGGUCCAUAGAGGAUGCAAGAGGACGCGGGUCAGACUAUGCAGAGUCUGAAUGCGCGGCUGAGGGUCUUUUUGGAGCAAGUGAACCGUCUUCAGGAGGCCAACCUCAGACUGGAGGCUCAGAUCUCUGCAUGGGGGGUCCAGAGGAGCUCACAGUGUCAGGAGUGGUCCCUGAAAGAGCAGACAGUCAAGGAGCUACGGGAACAGGUUGGGAAACUCCUGGUGGAAAAUGCUGAGCUCGCUCUUCAAUCUGAAAACAUGAAGUCCAAAGCAGCUCACAUCCAGGCCAGAUGUGAGACAGAGGAGAGGACCACAAAGCGUCUGGAGAAGCAGGUGGAGCAGCUCCGAGAGUCCAAGAGGAGAGCAGAGCAGAGCAGUGAGAGUCUGAGGAGCGAUGUGCACCAAUCCAUUACAGAACUACAGCAACUGCACCAGGAAUACCAGGCUGCCCAGGCUCUGCACUCCACUGAUGCUCUGUUAGCCACUUCCACACAUACAGCAGCAGCAGCAGCAGUGCACGGAGCCAGGGGAGGAGGGGAGAAGGAGGAUGGCACAGCGAUGGAGCUCACCCGACUGCUCCACGAAAUCAGAACGCAGUGCGACCAGACUCGAGUCCCCAACCCCAGACAGAGGCACCAAAGCCCAGGCAACUUGGCAAAUCUAUCCCCCGGAUCAGUCGGGCCUAGUCACUCUGGAGCAGGGGGGGCAACAUCAACAGCAGCAGCAGCUUCUAGGACAAGCAGGGGGGCACUUGCAGAGGAGGAGGCAGCAUGGGCGCAGGUAAACAUGGGUGGAGCAGCGUUGAGAGAGGCCAGGGCAGAACUGGCUGAAGCCCGAAAACAGUGGCACGCUUUGCAGGUCGAGAUAGAGACCCUUCAUGCCACGGAGAAAGGCCUCGAGAUGUCACUGCAGCACACCCAGCGCUUAUACUCGUCUCAGCUACAGGACCUCUCUCAGGUGAUCACCCGACUGGAGGCGGAACUAGAGCAGGUCAGGAGCGGACUGGCCACUCAACGCCAACGCCACAACCAGCUGCUCAACACCAAGAUGAGGCUGGAGCGCGAGAUCACCACCUACAGACGGCUGUUGGAACGAGAGGAGGGCAGAUACAUGACCCGAAAUGCGCCUCCAAUGUCCCUGCAUUUGUGGAAGUCUCCUGGCACUGACUCAAAGGAGAGCGGAUCAGAGAAUGACCAGAGUGAUUUGGCUUUGACUCCAGACGAGCCCAAAUCAGAGCCUCUACCCGACAUCCCCCCUCUGCUCCCCCCUGAGAAUGGGCUCAAGAAGCGCUCCAUCCUCAUCAGACAACAGAGCCUCGUCAUACUCACAGAGCCUGAGCUGGAUAAGGACCUGCCCAUCUCCACUGUGAAAACCCAGGAGAUCCUUCAGGGCAACGUGGUGCGAGAGAGUGCAGAGGGUCAUGGCACCAUCGAGACAGAAAAGAUUGACAAAGUGAUCAAGCAGUGGGAGGGCUCUUUCUUCAGAGGAAACCCAAAGCUGAGGAAGAAGUCUGUAUCUCUGCGUUUCGACUUGCACAUGGCUGUAGCAGACGAGGGGUGUGCUCAGACCAAACAGGACAGCCUCCCAGACGUGGAAGUACGUCUAAUCAUGAAGAGGUCACGCAGCAUCUCCUCCAUUACACAGUAACUACAGUAGAGGGCAGCACUGUUACACAGUUAUGUAAAAAGACCAAAUGGGUAAAAUAGCCAGAAUUGUACUCAAAAGUAAUGUUAUUUCAAAAUUACUUACUCAAGUAGAAGUACAAAUUAGAAGUCUAGAAAAUUAGGAGUAAGAAUAAAAAGUAUUUGGAAAAACUACUACUCAAGUAAGAGUAACUGUAACAUCAGAUUUAUAAUUGGAAGCUAAUGUAAUUGGAAAAAUGUUGCGUUGUAAUCUUUUCAUAUCACAAACCUACCAUAAUGUUUUCUUCACACAUGUUUCUGGGAAGACAAAAAUGUUCAGGUAAUCCGGUGUGUCAUCAUCACCAGCAAGUCAGUAUGAAAAUGCCUUCACAAUAUAAAGCAUCUGCUUGGGUCAUGUUAUAAAUAAUACGUACGAUAGUUUAAUAAGUCUCCUUAAAUUAGUUUUUUUUUUUCCAUUGAUAUUUUCUUUACAUGUAAUUUUACUAAUACUAUCCCCAUAUUCUAGCAUCAUUAAGUAUUACUAAAACAUACAAUCAAAAAAAAAAAAAAGUUAGUUAAAGGUAACUUCUCCAAUGGGAGUUCAGUUACCUGCUUCUUUACAUGGAGAUGCUGCUGCUUUGCCUGGAAUGUUCCACAGUAUAACAUUACACUUAUCUAGCUCCAUGAAGACAAGCAAGGAACGGCACCAGGCCAAGUUACAGGUCAGGUCUGUGGAGAGGUGACCCCUCCUUCACACCCCUGGAACUGAAUAAAUGCUAGAGUAUGCUAAAGAUAGAUAAGUUUAAUGCAAUACAUAAUACAGUACAUGUUGUGCAAAUUAAAAUUAAGGAUAGUGGACUUGAUGUUCAGCAAAGACGUUCGGAGUUUUAUGCUCUAGCAUCUUUAGAGGGGUCCAGUUAGGCUGUCCUCCUCAUUUUUUUAUUACUUUAGCUGUGGUAAAUUGGUGACUCUACAUUGGCAUUUGUGAGUGGAUUUAAGUGUGUAUCUGUCCCAUUACAGUCCAGUUAAUACCGCGCUUAGUGGUUUAUAAAUGCCUCCAAUAACAUGAGAACAGCCACUUUAAACAAAGAGAAUACAAGUAAAGUGUAAAUGGCUGGUCAAAAUAUGAUGUCAAGUAUCACCUUUAUUUGGUUAGUUUCAAACAUGUGACAUUUUAAACAAUCAAGCAAUAAAUAUCUCCCAACAAUGAAAUAUAGAAAUUCAGCUUAUAAAUAUGGCCUGCAAAGUAAUAGGAAGAAGCUAUUUUAUUUAAUCCAAAUUAUACAUAUGGCACUUAGGCAAUCUUGUAAUUCUAGUACAAUCUGAUGGGGUAGACAGACCACAUAGAAAGUUACUGAAGGUUUUUGAAGUUAUUAAAAGUUGUUAUUAUAAUGAAGGGUGUGUAUGUGUAAACUGCAUUGCACUGAUCCAAGCAGCGCUGGGUAAAAUAAUGUUAGCACUAAUUGUUUAGAGAGAGCUUUAUCUAUGCUUAAGUUUCCUUUUUAUCUGAUUUACAAACGUAUAAUUUACUAGACAAUGUAAUUAAUAUUGUAUGAUAUAUUUUCUCUAAACUGCUCACUGUGGGAACACGUGAGAGCCUGAAAUGAAUGUCUCAGAGAAUGUAGAUACCCGGCUUUAACAGUAGAGGGCAGUAUUUGUAAAUAGUUGACAGCACUGUGUAUUAUCAUGCUUUGGUUACACAACAAGAUAAGCUUUUAUUUAUAACGUUUAAGUUGGCGCCAAAGGAAAAAGAGGUUAAGUCUUAUGUAAUGCAUUUGGUGCCUAAAAGAGUAUUUAAAACCUAAUAUAUAUCUAUGCAGUUUUAUGCCUGAUUUUUGCUUCAACAAGCACGCUCUUACAUCUCUGUGAUUUCAGAAAAAGACUUUUGCUUUUAUCUAAUGAUUUAUGAUUUAAAAUUAAAUAAACUAUGUGUAUAAUAUACCUG